CUUCCUUUCAAACCCUGAGAAGAACUCAUCUACAGAGCAUCCGUCAAACAAAGUUUCACAUCGAAACAGGGUGUUGGAAGAGGCCCAUCCUGCGGGCACAAAGAUGGCUGGCCUGUGCUGGAUCACAGUGGUGCUGACCUUCUUCAUGUCUGCUGGAGAUACUUUGGCUGAUGUGGACCAGAGCUGGUUAAAGAGUGUCAUAGAAGGCAUCAAGAAUGAGUAUCCCCUCGGUGACAGCUUCUGUGUGGCUGUGAAUGUCCCACAGAACCAAGACAUAAAUAAUCUACAGCAAGUCUUUCAGGAUGACCCACCAGACAAGGUCAAACAAACAGUUUCAGGGGGGCAAGUAUACCAGGGCGCACGGGUGGUGGCAGCAGCACAAUCAGAGGCUGUGUCACAAGUUCUAAAAAAUGUACAACCCUUCAUUAAAAACAGCAAGCAUAACUUCCUUAUCAUCUACUCUGAAGUAUCCUCAUGUGGGCUAACCUGUACAACAAAAGAAAAUGAGAUUAAGAACAUCAUUAAGAACUGGAGAGGUUAUGCAUUUGUGUUUUCCAAACUAGGCAAUGUUUCUGCUGCAAAGACGCCUCAGAUUGCUGAAUCCUUAAAAAAGCUGGGGAUUUUGAAACUUGGGCUUGACAAAAUAUUCCGUUGUUAUAACCCUGAUGAAGAAGCGUUUCAGUGCACCAGCUGCUUUUCGGGUGGAGAUGUUACACCUUCAUGUGUUGCGAACAAUGUUUGGUCAAAUGAAGAAGAGGGAGCAGGCGAGGCACCAGGUAAAGGAAUGGGGGAAGGCAUAGGCCCAGAAAUAGCACCAGUUGAAGGCAUAGGGGAAAGCAAAGGCCCAGCACCAGGGAAAGGAAUGGGGGAAGGAAUAGGCCCAGAAAUAGCACCAGGGGAAGGCAUAGGGGAAAGCAAAGGCCCAGCACCAGGAAUAGCACCAGGUGAAGGCAUAGGGGAAAGCAAAGGCCCAGCACCAGAAAUAGCACCAGGUGAAGGCAUAGGGGAAAGCAAAGGCCCAGCACCAGAAAUAGCACCAGGUGAAGGCAUAGGGGAAAGCAAAGGCCCAGCACCAGGAAUAGCACCAGGUGAAGGCAUAGGGGAAAGCAAAGGCCCAGCACCAGGAAUAGCACCAGGUGAAGGCAUAGGGGAAAGCAAAGGCCCAGCACCAGAAAUAGCACCAGGUGAAGGCAUAGGGGAAAGCAAAGGCCCAGCACCAGAAAUAGCACCAGGUGAAGGCAUAGGGGAAAGCAAAGGCCCAGCACCAGGAAUAGCACCAGGUGAAGGCAUAGGGGAAAGCAAAGGCCCAGCACCAGGUAAAGGAAUGGGGGAAGGAAUAGGCCAAGAAAUAGCACCUGGUGAAGGGAUGGGUGGAGGCAUAAAUACAAGAAAAGGCAUAGGUGGAAAAACAGGAGGCAAAGGAAAGGACAAAAGCGGACGAGUGAGCAGUUGCAAAGGAAAGAGAAGUUUUGGAUGCAGGGGUAGGAGACAAUGCAAGCGUAAGGGAGCCUGCAAGCUCAGACAGGGUAGGCAUCGAGGAGGGCGCAGAGGCAAAGGUAGGGGACGGGGCAAUGUUAAAAGACAGGGUAGGACCCGAGGACAGCGCAGAGGCAAAGGUACGGGACGGGGCAAUGUUAGAAGACAGGGUAGGACUCGAGGGCGGCGCAGAGGCAAAGGUAGGGGACGGGGCAAUGUUAGAAGACAGGGUAGGACUCGAGGACGGCGCAGAGGCAAAGGUAGGGGACGGGGCAAUGUUAAAAGACAGGGUAGGACUCGAAGACAGCGCAGAGGCAAAGGUAGGGGACGGGGCAAUGUUAAAAGACAGGGUAGGACUCGAGGACAGCGCAGAGGCAAAGGUAGGGGACGGGGCAAUGUUAGAAGACAGGGUAGGACUCGAGGACGGCGCAGAGGUAAAGGUAGGGGACGGGGCAAUGUUAGAAGACAGGGUAGGACUCGAGGACGGCGCAGAGGUAAAGGUAGGGGACGGGGCAAUGUUAAAAGACAGGGUAGGCUUGGAGGACGGCGCAGAGGCAAAGGUAGGGGAUGGGGCAAUGUUAGAAGACAGGGUAGGACUCGAGGACGGCACAGAGUUAAAGGUAGGGGACGGGGCAAUGUUAGAAGACAGGGUAGGACUCGAGGACAACGCAGAGGCAAAGGUAGGGGACGGGGCAAUGUUAGAAGACAGGGUAGGACUCGAGGACGGCGCAGAAGUAAAGGUAGGGGACGGGGCAAUGUUAAAAGACAGAGUAGGCUUGGAGGACGGCGCAGAGGCAAAGGUAGGGGACGGGGCAAUGUUAGAAGACAGGGUAGGCCUCGAGGACAGCGCAGAGUUAAAGGUAGGGGACGGGGCAAUUUUUGGCAAUGACACUGAAAGGAUAUUUUUUUAUGCAUUGACAAGGAUGAGGCUGGAGCUAUACUAAAUUCUUGUUGUUAUUACAUCCCAUAAAAUGAGCUGUGUAUUUCACAGCCAGUGUGUUUUACCUAUCUCAAAACAAUAAGGGCUUUGUUUUCCCCUUUCUUCAGCAAAACCAAUCGAACAAAUGAUACUUCAAGUUUUCAAAGCCAAAGAAAAUACUGGUACAAUGUAUGGAAACCUUUGCUUAAGGUGAACGGCUGAUUUUCAUUUUGUUUCCAUUUUAAAGGGAUGUUCUGGUCUUACCUUGAUAAACUCAAAGAAGGGUUCAUGUAAAUAAUCGUCAGUAACUUACUGUAACUUUACUCUGUACUUCUAUAAAGUGUCAUUGUAUCAAAUCUUCUGAAUAAAGCUUAGCUCAACAUCAA